CCAGCAGCAGCACGGCGUGCACAGCGCCCCUUUGAAGCGCCUCUGCACCUGGAGCUGAAGAUCCAGGACAGCCCUGUUGGGUGGUACGGUGGUGGAGAGCGGUUCAAUGCGGUGAACCAGAAGGGAAGUGUGCUGCCCAUGGCAAGCCGAGACACACCCUCAGGCAACCAGGCGGAGCGCACGUACAAGGCGGUGCCAUUCGUGAUGAGCACGUCGGGGUGGGGUGUGUGGGUGGACUCGCACGCCCAGGGCUCCUUCCUGCUCAACCACGCCUCCGACCCCCACCACCUGGUGCUGCGCUACCCGCUCUUCACGGCGCUGCGCGUGGUCUUCAUGGCGGGGCCGCGCCUGCUGGACGUGCUCGCGCUCUUCUCACGCCUCUCCUCCUCGCGCCCCAUCCCGCCGCCCCUCUGGGCCUUUGCGCCCUGGAAGGGCCGCGACGUGCACCGCAGCAGCCACGAGGUAUUGGAAGAUGCGGAGAAGCUGCGGCAGCAUGGCAUACCGGGGUCGGUGAUUCUAAUUGACAGCCCGUGGCAGACGGCGUACAACGACUUCACCAUCAACCGCCACCAGUUCACCGACCCCCAGACGCUCUUCUCCAAGCUGCAUGCCCUCGGCUUCCGGGUGGUGUUUUGGGCGACGCCGUUCGUGAACGAGGUGAACCGCGUGGACAUGCCGGGCAUCACGGCUGCCGCCGGGCCCAACUUCCACGAGGCGGUGCGCCGCGCCUUGCUCGUGCGCAACGCCACGGGGCAGCCGCAGGUGGUGCGCUGGUGGAAGGGGCGCGGGGCGCGCGUGGACUUCAGCAGCGCGGAGGCGGAGCGGUGGUGGCGCGGGCAGAUGGGGCGCAUGCUGCAGUGGGAGGAGGUGUUUGGCGGGGUGAAGGCGGACGACGGCGAGGGCGGGUACUUUGAGGCGGGUGCCGUGUUCCAUGACGGCACGCCACUCCCCCUCAUGCGCAACAAAUACGUGCAGCUGUACCUGGGCAGCAUGCAGCGCUUCAUCAACCACAGCGUGGGGCCCACCCAGGGCGUUGUGCUCGCCCGCUCUGCCUUCACUGGCACUGCCAGCUCAUUCGUGUGGGCGGGCGACAACAGGGCGUCCUUCUCCCGCGCGGACGGGCUGCCAUCGGUGGUGGUGGCGGGGCAGACAGCGGCGCUCUCAGCGCUCUACCUGUGGGGCAGCGACAUCGCCGGCUAUCUGGGCAAGGCCAUCCCGCGCAACGUCUUCAUCCGCUGGACGCAGUUUGGCGCACUGUCCCCGUUGAUGCAUCAGUUCGGGCAGGCCAACAACGGCCCGUGGGACUACGACGCGCUCACGCUGCGCAUCUACCGCCGCUUCGCCCGCCUGCACACCGCCCUCGCGCCCUACCUGCUGCGCGCUGCAUGGCUCGCAAGCACGGAGGGGCGGCCCGUGAUGUGCCCCAUGGCGCUGUGUGCGCAGGGGGAUGAGGCCGCGGAGAGUGGGCGGUGGGAGGGACAGUACCUGCUGGGACCCGACCUGCUGGUGGCACCCGUCGUCAAUGAGAGCGACCACUUGCACGUGUUCUUCCCAGCAUCCACUCCGCACUGGCGCCAUCUGUUCUCAGGGCGGCGGUACAGCGGAGGGCAGGUGGAGGGGGUGGCGGUGGCGUUGGAGGAGGCGGCGGUGUUUGUGAGGGAGGGCGCGGUGCUGGAGGUGCUGCCCGACCACACCGACACUCUCGUGCCCUGUGGCGCUCACAUCCUCCCCUCCGUCACUUGCAUGCCUAGGUGCGCCCUCCCAUACCCACGUGCGCCCUCCCAUGCCCACGUGCGCCCCCCCAUGCCCACGUGCGCCCCCCCAUGCCCACGUGCGCCCCCCCAUGCUCACGUGCGCCCCCCCAUGCCCACGUGCGCCCCCCCAUGCCCACGUGCGCCCUCCCAUGCCCACGUACGCCCUCCCAUGCCCAGCCAUCGCACCAUCCAGCUGUGGCCGGGCGGGGCCGGCAGCACAGAGCUGUGUGCGCUGCUGCGUGUGUCGCACCACUAUGAGGGCACCGUCACCCCUGCCUCUCACGGACUGCCGGGCCACUCUGCCGAGUCCGCCAGCAGCGGCAGCGGCGCCGGCGCCGGUCAUGUGAAGAUGAGCAGCGCAGGAGGUGCAAGUGGCAGCUUGGCGGACGAGAGUGGUAGGGGUGUGGGUGGGGAGGGGAGUGGGGAGGGAGAGGUGGAGGCAGACGGGGGUGCGGGGCUGCAGGGAGGGGGUGAUGGUGAUGUGGCGAGGGGCGAGGGUGAGGCGGUGGAGGAUCUUCCUCAGAUGGAUGCAGCGCAGGAGGACGAGGGGGGAGGGGCUGGGGCAGGAGGGGAGGGCAAGGACGAGGGAGAUGUGAGAAUGAGAAGAGCGAGGAGGCUGCUGGGGAUGGGCGACGGUGCUCUGGAGGGGCUUGAAGUGGGUGUGCUGCACUUGAGGAGAGAGCAGCAAGAGGGGGGAGGCGAGCAGCAGCAAGGCGGGGCGGGCGGUGGGAGCGGGGGCAGGCGGGUGGUGGAGGUGGCAUGGGGGGGUACGGCGCGCAGGGAGGUGCAUGUGAUGCUCAUGUUCGAGCACGUCCCCCACGUCACACUCACACUGCUGCCACCCACGGGUGCCGCUCAUGGCGCACAGGAGGGCCGGCGUGUGCCGUGUGAGAGCGCUGAAAGCCUGGACAGGCCGCUGUCUCUCUGCCGUCUGCACCUAGAUAAAGGGAUCACACGGAUAGUUUACCCUGUGUGA